AUGAAUUAUGAAUGAAUAUCACUCUAAUAAUUAAAUUAAUUACACAUGUUUCAAUACCGUUCUAAUCGUAAAUUAUACAAGAUAAGAGUGCGACACGAUAAGCGUGCUUUUGGCACAACACUACAAAUUCACCGCGGUGGUUUAUUUUUUAACCAGAGGCGGGAGAAUGGUUUUGGCAAAGGGCCUGAGACCCACGCAUGUCGCGGCUGCGAUAUUGGUGGUGCGGAUACUUUCAGUGUUCCUCGUGCAGACCUGGUACGUGCCUGAUGAAUACUGGCAGACCUUGGAGGUGGCACACAAACAGGCCUUCGGAUAUGGAGCACUGACUUGGGAAUGGCGAGCAGGCAUCAGGAAUUACUUGUACCCAAGUGUUAUAGCUCUUCUGUAUACUAUACUGAAGUUCACUGGCCUGGAUUAUCCGGAGGUUGUGGUUUUGAUCCCUCGCAUCUUCCAAGCCAUACUCAGUGCAGUUGCAGAUUAUAGUUUCUACAAAUGGACAGGAGGCAGGAAGUGGGCCUUGUUCCUUGUUCUAACCUCCUGGUUCUGGUUCUACACAUCAGGAAGGAAUUUGCUGCAAACAUUGGAAACUGUGCUGGUUACUGUCGCCCUGUCGAAAUUCCCAUUUAAAGGAGGAAAACUUGGAUAUUAUGAAAAAGAGGACAGUUGUUGGAUCUGGCUGGCCAGUGUGUCGGUGUUUGUGAGGCCGACGUCGCUGCCUCUGUGGGCUGUGCUGGCAUUGUACAACUUGGCCACAACCAAUCAGGACAGGUUGAAGUUGGCGUUGAAGACUUAUGUGCCUAUUAUACUGGUAUCAAGUGCAGCUCUCAUCGCCAUUGACUCAUACUUCUAUGGAAGGCUGAUCGUCACCCCGUGGGAGUUCUACAGAUUUAAUAUCCUCCAGGACGUCUCUUCGCAUUAUGGUGUGCACCCAUGGUACUGGUACAUAAGUCAAGGCCUUCCGGCAGUGUUGGGUGUAAACACACUGCCAGUACUGUGGGGCAUCGUCACUGUACUGAGGAGGCCUCAGCAGAACAAGGUCGGAGUCCUUUUGCUGGUCACUGUUGCGUUCCAUGUGAUCAUACAUAGCUUUGUGCCGCACAAAGAGUUCCGGUUUGUGUUGCCGUUGCUGCCUAUCUUGCUGUACCUCGCACAGGAUGUUCUGGUGCCGUGGAGCCGGAAAGCCAACAAGUGGCAGUUAUAUCUCGUGGCCUUAGUCCUGUUGGUCGGUAACGCGGUGCCUGCCUUGUACUUUGGCAUGGUGCACCAGAGCGGCACCGUCAAAGUGAUGCCCUUGCUGCGUGAUGCUGUCCCCAACAACCGCUCCUCGAUACUGUUCAUCACGCCGUGCCACUCCACGCCGCUAUACAGCCAUCUCCACAUGAACGUAACGACCCGCUACCUGAACUGCGACCCACCGUUGCGCGGCGAGUCCACUGAACAAGAAGCCUUCUACAACAAUCCGCAGCGCUGGUGGCGGCUGGAGCACUCCACCAGGCAGACACCCUCGCUUGUGGUGCUGUUUGACGUAUUGCGAGGCCGGGUUGAGGAGCUACUAAAGGGGUACCGGCUGUUGCACGACCUGCCACACACACAGUUCCCGGAAGGCGAAGUCGGGGAGCGACUACUAGUUUAUCAGAAGAUAGAAGGCGCGGCGAGAGUGCAACAGACGGACGACACAGUGCAAAAAUGUUCCAAAUAUAAAAUGGGCGCGAAUUCUAUUGUUUUAUUGUUAUUUUUUUUAAUAUCAUUUACUUACGAAUGCAAAGGUAUUGAAUCCAUACAGCCGAGCCAUAAAGUGAAGAGUGAUGGGAAGGGAAGCUUGGUUUUCGUGUUUGAUACAACGGGGUCUAUGUUCAAUGAUUUGAGGCAGUUGAGGGAAGGGGCUGAGAUGAUCUUGAAGACGGCUUUGGAAGAGAGCCAGGUUAUAGCCGAUUUUGUGUUUGUGCCUUUCCAUGAUCCGGGUGUCGGACCAGCGACAGUCACAAAAGACAUAGAAGUGUUCAAGAAAGCCCUAGCAAGCGUCGGGCGGGUCUACGGCGGCGGGAACUGCCCCGAGAUGACGCUGAAAGGCAUCCAACUAGCGCUCAACGUCAGCCGCCCGCAUUCCUUCCUAUACGUAUUCACUGACGCCUCUGCAUACGACCAUAAGCUGGUUGGGAAGGUGUUGGAUGCUAUACAAAGGCAGCAGACUCAGGUGGUUUUUGUACUGACUGGCCAUUGCAAUGAUCUCGACAAGCCGACGUUUAGAGUGUAUCAUCAGAUCGCCACCGCUAGCUCGGGACAAGUGUUUAAUCUAAACAAAACCAGCGUUCAUAAGGUGCUGGAUUUUGUGCGAAGUUCUAUAAAAGGCAGGACUGUUAAUCUGGCCUCUGCCGUCAAUCCGCCUGGCUACAAUUAUACUCAAGAGAUACCCGUGGACAAGUCAGUGGGCGAAGUGACGGUGUCAGUGUCGGGGGCGAAGCCGCAGAUCCGCGUGGUGAGCCCCAGCGGCGAGCGGCUCAUCGGCCCGCCGCGGCUCAUCACCACGCUCGACUUGUCUGAGAUUAUGAUAGUGAAAGUGCUGAGACCGGAGCCCGGCAAUUGGAGUAUAACAGUGGGCAGUGAAGAGCAGCACUCGGUGAGGGUCGUCGGCUUGUCCAACCUCACCUUCCAGCAAGGGUUCUCCGUGCAGCCGGCCAUGUCUAUGGAUGAGACCAGCUAUCGGCCCUUGAAAGGUACAUAUAACCACAUGCUAAUAUCUCUAAAUGGCACCAAUACCUCUCUACACAUGGAUCAAGUCCAACUGUUGAGUAUGGACGGCAAACCUUUAUUCGAAGUGCCAUUACAAGAAGUCGACAAAGAGAGGAAUAUCUACCAGGCCGCUGCUUUUGUACCUCCUGAUGAGUUCUUUAAUAUAGCAAUAAUAGGCCACGAUGACAACGGACAGGAAAUCCGUAGAAUGGGUUCCACUGCAGUGCAAGCUAAACCACCAGAUGUUCCAUACUUAGUGGCAACGGAGAAGGUAGAGGCGCACGCGCAUUCGCAAGUGAAGCUGACAUGCCACGUGGAGAGUUUGGUGCCAGUUUCUUCUGGAUGGACGAAAGACGACGUGCCGUUGCAAAAAAAGACUCAGACCUUACAAAGCACGUCUAUCGAGUACGUAAUAGACAACAUGGAGGAAGGCUACGUGGGUACAUAUCAAUGCGAUGCUAGUAACGCUGCUGGCUCUUCUAAAGCAGUAACUAUUUUGGAUAUGAUUGUGGAUCUUCCAAAGGUGACAGUUUUGCCAGAGAAUAAUACUAUAACAGAAAAUGACACCUUGACCGUGCAAUGCUCAGUGCUCAGCGAGGCUUUGCUGAAACGAACUACGAUCAUGUUCAACGGAACUCUACAGAGUUAUGCAAAAGAUUUUAUCUUGGAACCCUCUAUUGACGGACACUAUGCUUUCAAUCACACGAUUUUACACGUGAGUGAAAGAGACAGUGGCGUAUUUUCGUGCAUUGCGACCAAUAGGGGUGGUAGUACAAACCAAUCGUCAUACAUUACAGUAAAUCUAAAACCCACUGUCCAAAUUCAGGGCGAACGAACCAUUAGCAAAGAGAUAUAUACAGAUCUAGAGAUCGUAUGUACAGUUGAAAAUGCUGCCAAAGUGCAAUGGUUGAAUAUUAACAAGGGUAUAAUAUCAGAACAGAAAGUAAACGGCAGUUAUUCUUCUGUUCUGGACAUCAAGAAUGUAACAGAGGAUGGUAUAUGGACAUGUCUAGCUCUAAAAGACGAUUUGAAAGCUUCCGACACAGUGAAUUUAACGGUAUCAAUAAAGCCUCAAGUAAAGAUCGAUGGAUCAAGAAACAGAACAUUAAUAAACGGCACGUUAGAAGAGCUGAUUUGUAUUGUGCAAGCCAAACCAACGCCGAUUAUAACUUGGCGCAAUGAAAACGAAGAAGUUCUGGCUAAUGUAUCUAAUCCAGAACCCAACUUAUAUAAAAGCGUUCUAACCCUGGACAGUGCGAAGGCACCAGUAAAUGGCUCAUAUAUUUGCAUUGGACAAAAUUCACAAGGUGUUAAUAAUGACUCUAUAAGUAUUCACGUUAAAAGAAAGAUGACUCUACUUCAAGGAUUUUCAGAUACAUCCGUUGAAUUAUAUUCGCAAAUCGAUUUCCAAUGUUUAAUGGAUUCUGAUCCAUUACCAAACAUAACUUGGUACCACAAUAACACUCGAUUACUGCCAAAAGACAACAUCAAUUUUUCCGACGACAAUACCAUUAUUAACAUACAGAAAGUUGAAUUCGAUGAUUUGGGAUUGUAUGUGUGUGAAGCUGAUGAUGGUUACGGAAAAAUAACUGUUAACGGAACUUUAAGUGUCCAUGGGUUAGAGAGGCCAAUAUUAGAUAAGGAACUGGCGAAAAUUUCAACGCUGAAAGGAAAAUCGCUUAUAAUGCCAUGUAGAUUAUUGAAAGGUAACCCACAACCGAAUAUAAAAUGGGAAUAUAAAUCUAUUAUACCAUCUGGCAAUUUUACAACAUUGCCACAAAAUGUUGAAAUUGAUGAAGAUAAUGGCAUUAAUUUAGAUAAAGUAACCAAAAAUAACGCGGGUAUAUACAAAUGUACAGCAGAUAAUAUUAUUGGAAGCGACAGUUAUGAAAUAGAACUGGUUGUGCGAUAUCCACCAGAAUUGGUCGCAUCAAACGAGACACAUUUACAAUUACAAGGUCCUAAAGAAAUCACUGUUGGGGAAACGAUACGGUUAUCUUGCAACGUGACUGGAAUCCCACCACCAAUCGUCACUUGGACUAGAGAUGGUUCACAUAUCGCUUAUUCUAAAAAUGUAUAUAUAGAUGAUGAUGAAGGAUUGGUAAUAGAAAACGCCACAAAAUUUGAAUCAGGAAUGUACUCGUGUAAUGCAAGCAAUGCUUUGGGAGUCGUUUUGAAAAAUUUUACGGUUACUAUCUAUAAUAUUCCAGAAAUCAAUACGUCUAGAACGACUUCAGAAAUAGAAGUAAUAGAAGGCCAAUUAGUGGAACUUCCCUGCUCUGCUCAAGGAUUUCCACUUCCGCAGAUCAAAUGGUUUCAAAAUGGAGAAGUUAUAACAGAAUCUAGAAAAUAUAUUGAUGAAUAUGGAUUGAGAUUUGUGGCAAAUGCAACCGAUUUUGGGGUAUACACUUGCGACGCUAGCAAUGACUACGGGAGCGCUUCUAUAAACUACACUGUCAUGAUUUGGGUAACACCGCAUAUAGAACCUCCGUUGGAAGUAUUUGAAGAAAUCCAAUAUGGCGCGAACGUUAGUAUCGAAUGCAACGCGGUUGGCUUCCCGAUACCAAAUAUAACAUGGAUGUUUGGAGAUGAGGUCUUGAUUAAUAGCACCAACUUGAGGUUUAACGAUUCCGGAAACCUGAGUAUAGUAAACGUCAGUGUUAAAAACGAAGGUCCGUAUAUUUGUGCAGCAGAAAACAUUGCCGGUAUAGCCAAGAAGACCUUCUAUGUCAGUGUGAGAGAGACACCAGCAAUUCUAACAGACAAUUACACGGGGCCCUAUGAGGCGUUGAAUUUGGAUACCUCAUUGAUCAUAUCGUGCAAAGCUACGGGCAACCCUAAACCUUAUGUCGCUUGGAUUAAAGACGGAUUUUAUUUGGAUACAGAUAGCCGGUAUGAAAUAGCCGUUGAUGGUACGUUGACAAUCAAAAAACCUACUGAAGAACUAAGCGGAGUUUAUACUUGUGUUGCCAAGAACCAUGUCGGUAAUGCUACCAAGGACUUUCCCGUUAAGAUUUACUCUGCGCCGGUUUUGAUGCAAGACGAGGCGCUUCCCUUCGUCACCACAGCAGUGGAGGGAGCGAAUGUGACGCUGCAGUGCCCUGUGCGCGGGGGCGAUUACAAUGUCAAAUGGUAUAAGGACGCAGUGUUACUCGCAAACGGAUCUCUAAACUUGCCCAACGUGUCCCGUACUAACGAGUCCACGUACGCGUGUGUGGCGGGCAACGCCGCUGGUUCCGUACACGCCAGCGUUGCACUACGCGUGGAGUGGUCACCAUCACGGCUGACCACUUCCAAUGAUAGCGUGGAGGUGGUAAGAGGAGAGAACUGUUAUUUGGAUUGCAAGACAGAUUCUAAACCUAGAGCUAAGACUAUAUGGUUUUUCAACUCCAAACGCUUAGUGCUAGAAGACAGAGAAGUGCUGAAGCUAUUGACUGUGAGCCCGCGACACGUCGGCCUCUACCGGUGUGUGGCGGGCAACGAGCAUGGAACCAUAGAGAAGCUAUUCCAUUUGAGGGUUUUGGAACCGCCAUUCAUAUCUGAAUUCGAAAUGCUGGAUGUACAACUGAAGGCAGGCAUCAACGCCACUCUCCAGUGUAUUGCCAGAGGAGACCCUGAGCCCAGCAUAUCUUGGACUUUCAACAAUACAAAUUGGGUAGCUCGGAAUGCUUCCCUUAUUUCUUCAAACGUCAGCACUCAAUCAGAGGGUAGCUACCGAUGCGAGGCCACGAACAAAGCCGGGAUCGCGCACAUAGUGUAUCGAGUGUUGGUCGUGUCUAGUGCGAAGGUGGACGGUAUUGUGAUGUACAAGGAUGGUGUAGGGACCAAUGUGGACAAGAAUUUAGACCUUGUGCUCAAUACAAAUGUUCGCUUGGCGUGCAAAGCUUCAGGUCAUCCGACACCAAUGAUCCAAUGGAUCAGACAUGGCAACGCAGUUAGCGAGAACACAGGUGGUUUCGACUAUGCAGAUCUGACGUUUGACAACUUAAGUACAACUCACGCUGGAUAUUACUCUUGCAUUGUAUCUAACGAAGGAGGGAUCGAAGAGAAGACUGUUAAAGUUAAUAUCUUGGAACCUCCGCGCAUCUUCCAAACGCUUUUUCAAAAUGGCAAUACGUCACAGAAGAUUAUUGACCUUGAGGUAAUAUCUGGGCAAGCGUUUUACAUGCAUUGCCAUCCUUAUGGCAACCCUGCACCAGAGGUGUACUGGUUCAAAGAUGGACUUCCUCUAAAAUUGUAUGACGAUACCAUGAUUACUAAGGAGUUUGGUGAAGUUUUGAUAUCGAAAAGUGCGAAAUAUGAGCAAUCGGGGAAUUACACUUGCGUUGCGAGGAAUAAAGUUGGAGAAACCAGUGUUGUGUAUUUGGUUGAUGUUUUGGUUCCUCCCCCACUACAAAAAGAUAACAUAAAGCAAGCGAACGCUCUGCUAGGCACGGCUUUGAUUCUCACGUGUCCUGCAGAGGGUCGACCAACCCCAUUCGUGAUGUGGAUCAAACACCCCUACACUGAGAUCUGCGAGUCUGACAGAAUUCAUUUGCUGAAUGAUAACUAUACUUUGAUGAUACCCGACCCAAAAGUAUCUGACAGUGGUAAAUACUCCUGCAUUAUGUCCAACAAAGUUGGUACGACAGAACUGGUCUACGAAGUGACCAUAGAGAAACCUCCCUCUAUAAUGGGCAAUGUUGGCAAUGAUACCUCAGAAUACUAUGUCGUACCUUUGAGAAGAAGUCUUGUAUUGAAGUGUGAAGUCGAUGGACAUCCUCAACCGAAGAUCACUUGGUUUAAGGAUAUCCAACAACUGAGCAGCAAUCUGCCCAAUAUUCAGCGUGUGUUCGGCAAUAGUCUGGUGGGACUGUGGAGCGUCAAUGUCAAUGACGCUGGACAGUACAUCUGUGUGGCAGAGAACAGUGUGGGCACUGCGCAUCGACGAUACAAUGUCGCUGUACAAGUGCCGGGCAAAUGGAGCGCUUGGUCCACAUGGAGUUAUUGCAACGCGACGUGUGGCGCGGGCUACCAGCAGCGCGCGAGAACGUGCCAGUACAUCGUUGAUGAUGAUCAGACUAUAGACAAGAACAGUCAGCCUGACAAAUGGAUACUUGACGAGUCUUCAUGCAAAGGGCAGAGCAAAGAGAAGAGGAAAUGUAACAUGCCGCCGUGUGAGGAAGAAGAAUCGAGAUGGUCGAGCUGGUCGCAAUGGUCGCGCUGCUCGGUGUCGUGCGGCGCGGGCACGCAGGCGCGCACGCGGCGCUGUCGGGGGGAGGCGCCGUGUGGGGGGGAUAACGUGCAGAUAAGAAAGUGUCCCGGCUCACCACGGUGUCGGGACAAUAGACGUUCGCAACAAACGCACGAGGACGUUACUAAUGAAACGGACACGGAGUAUAUUCCUGAGGCGACGAUCGAGAUGACUUCAAGCACAUUAAAUGUGUUACGAUCAGCGAAAACGGAGGACGAUUUCUACAUUCCCAGUCAGGUGAUGCAGCCGGUGUACAGGGUGAACGCGACGGUAAACUUGGACGGCAGCGAGCGCGGGCGGUGCGGCGCGGGCUACAGGCACGAUGCGAAGAACGACUCGUGCGAAGAUGUCGACGAGUGCCUGGUGGACAGCAACCAGUGCCACCUGACGCAGGCAUGCGCCAACGCGCCGGGCGGGUACGUGUGCUCGUGCCCCGAGGGGUACGCGUCGUUGGGCGCCGGACAGCGGUGUCUGGGUGAGUGUUGAUGUGUCAGUUAGUGCCUGGUGGACAGCAACCAGUGCCACCUGACGCAGGCGUGCGCCAACGCGCCGGGCGGGUACGUGUGCUCGUGCCCCGAGGGGUACGCGUCGUUGGGCGCCGGACAGCGGUGUCUGGACAUAAACGAAUGCACGACGCUGACGCACGGCUGCGAGUACGCGUGCGUCAACGUGGCGGGCGGAUACGUGUGUGCGUGCCCCGCACACACGCGCCUGCACGCCGACCGGCGCCGCUGCGUGCCGCCUUCGAUGUACAGAGAGCCCAACUCCUAUGAAGACACUGAGGUGGAAGACUAUCCCAGCGCUUCCUUUGAAUCUGAGACGGGGUAUGCACGUACCGAAUAUUAGAUAAUUAUAUAGCUACCGACAAAUCUUAAUUUAUUGUAAUAAAUAAUAUUGGC